CAAGACUCCUGAUCUUGAUUUGAGUCUCAAAGGCCCAGAGGCGAAAGCUGACCACGAUGUUGACCUCCCUUCUCCCAACAUAAAAGGUGAGAUCAAAGGCCCGAAGGUGGAUAUAGAUGCUCCUGAGGCUAAUAUUAAGGGUCCGAGUUCCAAAUUCCACAUGCCCAAAAUCAGAAUGCCAAAAUUUGGGUUUGGUGGAGGGAAAGUAGAAGGGCCUGAUGUGAAUAUUGAUGCCAGCCUCCCUGAGGCAGAUGUGAAUCUAACAGGACCAGCGAUGGAAGGUGGUAUAGAAAUGCCAGAUGUAGAUCUAGACAUUGAGGGAAGUUCUGGCCGAAUCAAAGGCCCUAAAUUCAAAUUACCAGGAUUCAAUAUUUCUGGGCCAAAGAUUCCAAAGCCUGAUUUUGACCUGGAACUCAAAGGUCCAAAACUCUCGGGAGAUGUCGAUGUCCCUGAUGUUAAUUUUUCUGGUGACAUCAAAGGCCCUAAGAUUAAUAAACCUGGAAUCAAUAUCUCUGCUCCAAAGGUUCCAAAGCCUGAUUUGGACCUGGAACUUAAAGGUCCAAAAGUCUCCGGGGAUUUGGAGGUGCCUGGUAUUGAUAUGGAGGGUGACAUCAAAGGCAAGAAUUUGAACAUUAAAGGUCCCAAAUUAGAUAUCGAGGGACCUAAUGUUAAAGAAACUGGAGCAAAAUUUUCAAUGCCUUCAAUACAUUUGCCACAUAUAACAGCUCCCAAUGUUGAUUUAAAUUUCAAAGGCCCAAAAUUAAAGGGUGAUCAGACCAUUGACAUCUCUUCACCAAGUAUAGAGGGAGAAAUUAAAGGACCAAAGAUUGAUGUAGAGACUCCAGACAUUGACUUGGGGGGUGCACACGGACAGUUCCAAAUGCCAAAAAUCAGUAUGCCCACAUUUAAGAUGGGUGGAACCAAAUUAGAAGGACCUGAUGUGGACAUUAAAGCCAAUGUUCCUGAGACAGAUGUUAGUAUUUCUGGACCACAGAUAAAAAGUGGGGUUGAAGUUCCUGAGGUAGAUUUGGAUGUUGAUGGUAAAAUCAAAGGCCCUGGAUUUCAAAUGCCAGGCAUUAACAUCUCUUUACCCAAAAUGAAAGCUCCUAAUUUAGAUUUUGGAUUUAAGGGUCCUGAACUGCCAGGUGGUGCUGCAGCUGAUAUUAACAUGGAAGGUGACAUUAAAGGUUCAGGUUUUGACAUCAAAGGUCCCAAAGUAGAUAUUGAGGCACCUGAUAUCAAAAUUGAGGGUCCUGAUAUUAAAUCUCCAAGUUUAGGUGUUGAUAUUAGUGCACCUGAGAUAGAUACAGAUGGUCAAAGUGCACAUCUGAAAAUGCCAAAAAUGAAGAAGCCGAAAUUUGGAUUUGGAAUUAAAGGACCACAAGGUGACAUAAAUGCACCAUCUCUAGACAUUUCUGGUUCCGACGUAGAUUUAAAUGUUGAUUCAGCAGACUUGAACAUAAGCACCAAAGGAAAAAAGGGCAAAUUUAAGAUGCCCAAAUUCAAUAUCAAAUCAAAGAAACCUGCAGGAGAUGUGAAGGUGAACACUCCAACAAGUGAACUUGAUCUAUCCAAACCAGAAGCAGAUAUUAAGUCCCCAGAUCUAAAUGUAACACUUGGAUCAUCCGAUGGACAACUGAACAUCAAGCAUCCAAAAGUAAAGAAACAGCGAUUUGGAAAAAUGAAGCUGACAUUUCCAGAUGUUGAAUUUGAUCUGGCAUCAUCAAAAGCUAAAGGUGAACUACCUAGUUCAAAAAUUGAAGGAGAUUUACAAGCACCUAAUAUUGAUGUUUCAUCUGCAGAUGUAAAAGGUCCACAUGUUGACAUCAGAGCACCAGGAGUAGAUGUCAAUGCGGAUGUUGCCUUGGAAGGACAUGGUUUCAAAGCUAAGGGCACAAAAUUAAAAUUGCCUUCACUAAAUAUCAAAUCAUCCAAAAUGUCUGAGCCAAAUUUGGAUAUUAAUUUAAAGGACACAAAUCUGAAAGGUGAAGUAUCAGGAGAUGUAAAAGGACCAACAAUUGACAUAAAGAGACCUGAAAUAGAUUUUGACAUUGAUGCUCCAAAUGUUGAUAUUGAAAAACCAGAAAGCAAAUUAAAAAUGAAAAUAAAGAAACCAAAGCUUAAUAUUUCAGGACCCAAAUUGAAAGGUUCAGGUGUGGACAUUAAUGUUAAUACAUCAAAAUUAGAGAGUGGAAUUAAAGGACCUGAGGUUAACAUUGACGCACCCAGUAUUGACCUUCAACCCAAUAUCUCUGGUCCAGAUCUACAACUGAAAGGAUCAAGUCUCAAGUCACCAGAUGGUGAUUUUGAGAGUGCAGAAGGAAAGCUGAAGAUGCCUGCAAUUAACAUUUCUGGUACUAAAUUGCAAGGUCCUGAUCUGAAUCUCGACACAAAUGCAGUGAAGAUAGGAGGUGAUGUUAAGACACCAGCUGUACAUGUCAAUCUUGAAACACCUGAUAUGAACAUAAAUGCUGAUGGUAAAUUCAAAGGACCCAAAAUUCCAAUACCUUCAGUUGACAUCUCCGCACCUAAAUUGGACUUAGAUUCAAAGCAUCCACAGAUAAAAGGAGAUGUCAAUAUUUCCAACCCAAAUAUCAAAGGAAACUUUACAGGACCAGAUGUGGAUGUAAAAGGUCCUAAUAUAGAUGUUAGUGGUGCUGAUAUUGACAUUAAAGGUGGAGAAGGAAAGCUAAAGAUGCCUCAGAUCAAUCUUCCAAAAGCUGAUAUAAACCUCGCAGGACAGAUGAUAAAAGGGAUCUCUGCAUCUGAUGUUGAUGUUAAUGUGAAGGGCCCUAAAUUAGAAGGAAGUUUGGAUACUGAUAUAAAAUGCCCUGAGUUGGACAUUAAGGGGCCAAAUGUGAAAAUGGAUACAUCAAAUAUCAACAUUGGUGGUCUAAAAGGAAAAGGUUCCAGUAUUGAUAUUAAUGUGCCAAAAGCUAACAUAGAAUUUUCUGAACCAAAGUUUGAGCAAGACAUAAAGAGAGGUAUAAAUGUUGCUGUACCAGAUGUGAACUUAAGUGCUAAAGUAAAGAGCCCUGAAGUAAAAGUUCCGACAGCUGAUGUGCAAUUUGAUGCAAAAGGCCCUACAAUCAAAGGUGGUGUUGCUGUUUCCAGUUCCAAAAUUGAUGUGAAAAGUCCAGAGCUUGAUGUCAAAGCUUCAGACAUAAGUGCAGAUAUUAAAGCAGCAAUGGCUGAUCUUGAUGUUCCUUUGGAUAAAAUGACAAUACCUAAAUUUAAACAUUCUCAAUUUCAAAUAAAAGGGCCAAAUGUAGAAGCACAUCAAAUGGCAACAGGUGUCAGUGUUUCAGGUGCACAAGGUCCAAAUGUCAAAAUUAAAGGACCACAGGCAAAUAUUAGGCUGCCAGAAGAUGAUAUAGAUAGUUCGGGGGUUAAGGUAAAAAAGGGGAAACUUAAAAUGCCCAAAUUUAAUUUUUCUAAGUCUAAAGGGAAAAGUAGUAUUGAAGGAGCAGAGGGUGAAUUCAGUGUGUCUGGACCAAAGAUUGAUAUUAAGGGCUCAAAGGGUAGCCUGGGAUUCAGUGACAUUGAAAUGGAAGGAGCAGAAAUGGCUGGAUCUGGUAAAGCUUCUGGUUUGGACAUAAACACUUCCCCAAAAGGGAAGUCAGGCACACUAGAUUUCUCAAUAUUUAAAGGCAAAAAAUCAGAACGUCAUAGGUCGUCAUCUCUGAGUGAUGAGCAUGACCUUUCACCAUCAUCCCCCAAAGAUAGAGUAGAUUUUGGAGAGGCGGCUGUGGGUACAAAAGGAAAGAAAUCAAAACUGAAAUUUGGAACAUUUGGAGGCUUUGGGGCAAAGUCAAAGGGCUCCUAUGAGGUCACCCUUGGUGAAGGUGAGGCAGCAGCAGAGGGCAGUGGUAUCUCUCUAGUUUCUAAGAAGACCCGCCUAUCCUCCUCAUCCAGCAACGAAAGUGGAUCCAGAGCAGGAUUCCGUCUUCCUAAGGUAGAACUAAAUAUCAACAAAAACAAAGAAUAAUUUUGUAAAUAGAGCCCGUGUCCUUGUAAAUAGAAAUUAACUGCAUUACUUUUAACUCAUAAGCCAAGGCACAGAGGUCCACUGGACUUCAUCCCUAUCUCAUUGGCAGGUCAAAAGUCAGAUGGAUUAUUUAAAAGUGUUGAGCCAUUGUUUUCCUUUUUACAAUGCGAGGAUUGAACCAUAGCCAGAUCUGACCUGCAGAUAUUUCAAUACACUUCUGUAACAGCUAACACAACAAACUAAAGUUCUAUUACUACAAGCUGAAAGCAAUAGCCUACUAGCAGAAAAAUAAACUAUUUUGAUACAUUUUCUAUGUAGUGGUUUGUUAUUUUCAUAUACUGAUAAAAUUGAGGUGUUAAAACAUGUAAUCACUGGUGCUCUCUCUAGCUUACUUUAUUCAAUGGAAUGCAGCUAAUCUAUGAGAGGUUUUAUUGAUUAAUGAUUUGAGCAGAGACAAUUGGAGAGGAAGAGUUUAAGUUGUCUUUAGACCAAUAGAAGCUAUCCUAUCUAUAUGAAAAGUGUAUUUUGGCAUUAGCCGGAACAGACUCAAUUCGUCCAGUUAUUGGUGCUGUAUUGCCAGAGUCUAACAGCAAUAAUGUUUGGCCAAUUUUAUUUCCUUGUAAACUUACAGGGCUGCAAAAAAAUCUAUUCUGGAUAGCUUAAAUUCUUCUCUUUGUAAAAUGUAUUAACUGUUGGUCUGUGGAUCUAGUCAAGGCAUGUUUCCACUGUGAAUCUGAGUGUUAAUGCCAUCCUGCCCCCUUUAUCUUGUGCUUCUGCUGCUGUAAUCUUUUAUUCCCAUGUCCUAUCUCCCAAAGCCACAAAUAAAGAAGUCCCAAGGAAAUCAUUCAAUGUUCAACCAUGUAAUUUGGAUCCGUUUGAGUCACCGGUAUCAAAUAUAAGACAGACUAAAUUAAAUAACACAAUUUAUUUGCACUUCAAAUAGCCCAUUCCCUUCCCACCCUCUCCUCCUCCCAAUUCCCUUUACCUCCAGGCAAUACAACUUGGUUGAUAAAUGCAGUGCUCUCAAGUGUAAAUUUCAGAAUAGAAAGGGUGGUCUGAGGUAGGCUUGCUAACAGCAUGUAUCGGCAGGCCUGCGAAAGAGCCUGCACUAUCUGGUUUAUUAGUAUUUAAGAGCAGUAUAUUACAGCACUGGACUAAAAUACUGCUUUGUCUGAGUCCACAGAUAGCACCAAAUGCCCUGUAACUUAACAAACCCUUUCCUUUUGUUACAAAUUAUAGGAAAAUUGUGACUUUUCUAGUUUUUCUUACCAUUUCUUUGUUCCAUUCUAAAGUGUUGUUAAUAGAACUUUUUCUUCAUAAUUCUGUCUGCACUUUUAUGGCAAACAGUAGACGAUGGGAAUGUAAGACAAGUGCGUACCUUGUAAAAAUCAAAUAAAUUGUUCAUUACCCUGAA